AUGGGACAAGCCCAGUCCGUCGAGCCGCUGGCUCCAAGGAGUCAUGAACAGCUCACAAAGGAGUUGGCCAAUAAAUUCGCCGAGAAGUGUUUCACCUCUCUCGAGCUGUAUUCCCUGAAGGACAACUUCAGGAGCCUUGCCGAUGUCGAGCAUGAUGUUCGCUACCUCAAGGAGGACACCAUUGCCCGCUUCCUCGAGAUCCCCGACAUUCUUCAUGCCUCCCCGAUUCUUUUCCACAUGAUGUCCUUCAUCGGCGCCUUCCCCUUCUUCCAGGACGCCCCAGCCGUCCUCGGCCUCGAGCAGAUGGUCAUGGUCAUCACCAUUGCCACCGAACGCUACAACCGCGUUCUCGCCAAUGGCGCAACAGAUCGUAGGAAGCUACUCUUCAAGAGCUUGGCCGUCUAUGACCGCAAACUGUCCGAGAUGCACAAGAAGGAGGAACAUGCAGCCGCCGCCGAGGUAAGGGCUCAGGCAGAAGGGGCCGGAGAUUCGCAAGCAGCGAGAUCAUAUGCCCCAGGGUUUGCUGUCGACCAAGCAGGCGAGGACGAUGUUGACGAUGGCGAGUCUGCGGAUGACGAGGAUGAUGACUUGGUGCUGGCCGCCUUCGAGUCGCUGGACUACAUUGAUGCAUUCAAGCAAGCAGGCGUCCAGACCAUCCACGGUGCCAUGAUUCCCGCGGACAAUUUUCGUCGUCUCAUUAUGCUGCUUUUGUUGAUCACGCCCCUUCACCCGCAGGAACGACUGUCCCAGUACUCUGGGCGGUGCUCUGGAGCAGAGCUGGAAGGCCUGCGAUGGACGGCCGAAUGCAUUCUCCACGCCUUUGUAGAUGCUGAGAAGUCUCCCGGCAUCAAGUUUAAUCACUUCAAUACUAUAUUACCCGUCUCAUUUCCUUUUCUAUUCGGAGGCUUCAACGCCCUAUUUGAACACUUUCUGUUCUCCAAAAAUCUUGACUUUUCAAAGCACAAGGAUGACAAGCCUCUUGCCUCAGUGCUGCCCCCGGAGCUUGCCAUCCCUUUGCUACAGGAAACAGGCUCGAUCAUGAACCUCAACGUACUGUCCCAAUUGUCCUUCUUUAUCCCCGGCUCAUCGCUCUUCCGGCGCCUCCGUCUUCUAUACUCAGGCGACAAUGACGGCUUUUCAAUGGGCAGCUUUGAGUCGAAGGUAUUCAAUUGGAGAGCCCCGACCAUCCUGCUCGUCCGUGGGACCAGGAUGACAGACGCUGCCCAUGGCAGUCAGGAUCGCUUCACGGCAACCCUGCCGCCCAAACGUUUUCCUGAUGGGAGCAAGUCCGAACAAUUGACAUUUGGGAUUUACGUCAGUCAGCCCUGGCGGCAUACCCACAAGGAGUGCUUUGGCGAUGUUGAUUCCCUUCUCUUCCAGCUGGAGCCAAUUCACGAUGUCCUGCCCGCCAGCACCCUCAACAGGGACUACGUCUCGUUUGUCAAGCCGUCUUCGAGCAGCACGAAUUCUGGCGUUGCUUUCGGCAAUCCACUUCCGAAACCGAGUGCUUCCUAUCGAAAGUCUGGUCUCACCUCCCUAGGAACUGUUUCCCUUCUGCUGGAUUCAAGCUUUGAGUUCGGGGUGUUCACUCACGAUUACACAUCCCGUGGGGGAGCAUUUCAAAACAGUGUGGCGCGCAAGUUCAACUUUCAGGAUCGCUUCGAGAUCGAGAGCCUUGAGGUAUGGGGAUGUGGUGGCGACGAAGAGGCAAAAAUUCAGGCCGAGCGAUGGGCAUGGGAGGCCCGAGAAGCCGAGGCGCGACGCAGAGUCAAUCUUGGCACAGGAGACAUCGAGGCUGAUAGGGCAUUGCUUGAAAUGGCGGGCAUCAUUGGGGGUAGCAGAAGUGGUGGAUCGAUGAGCUGA